UAUUUUUGACUUUACUUACAAUGACUGCCAUUAGUUUACCGCACACCCCAUCAGGCGCAAAGUGCAAGCGGACCAGCCCCUCUAUAUAUGGCACAGAUAAACGAUAUGAUCAGCCAUCAGCUACAUCUAAGAGUAUCAGGAGGAACAUGUCUAUAGACACAUCUGGGACUCAGGAGGAAUGGGAAAGGCAAGCAGAAAAAUUAGUUAUAGAGCGCCUACGAGGAAUGAGUGAUGCUGCGCAUAACAUGAUAAUACCUGAGAACUCGAUGAACAGCAGCCUUGCUGAUGAACUGGUGAUUUUCACAGCCGAGUUGCUUGGACGAUACAUACACAGUGAUGAUAUGCUACAUGAUGCAUAUACCAGGAAAGACAAGGACCUCUACUAUACCUUGAUGAAUCUAGCAAUUUCACCUAUAGAGUGGCUCUCAAGUUCCAACACAAGCGCCCUUAAGUCAUACAUAUACUAUUUGAAAGCUACAAUUACUUGGUUUGUUGGUGUGGUUCCAAAUCCUCAUGAUUUUAGGAACCCAUGGAUCAAGACCCUUAGGCCACAAUGGCCAUCCAUACUAUUCCAGGCGGCCGGCAUCACUACUUAGAC